AUGGCAGCCUUGCGAGAAGAGAAGCACGCGGUUGAGGUUGGGGUAGGGAUGAUGCACGAAGUCUCCCUUGCCGUCUGGCGCCUGCUUGGUGUGCAACAGGAGCUCUUCACCACUUCCAUUUACAGCCCGGGGUCACCAAUCCUGCUGCCUAACGGGGCCAGAGUGUUCAAUCGCCUUGUCGAGUUCCUGCGCAAACAAUACGUACGAUAUGGAUUCGACGAAGUCAUUACGCCCACCAUUUACAAGAAGGCAUUAUGGAAGAAGUCGGGACAUCUGGAAAACUACAGCGAUGACAUGUUCACGGUGACGAGUAGUUCGCCCGCUCGGAGCGACACCACGGACAACGGCGAGGAAGACGAAUACGGCCUCAAACCCAUGAACUGUCCAGGCCAUUGCCUAAUCUUUGCCUCCCAACGACGGAGCUACCGGAAUCUCCCCAUCCGAUACGCCGACUUCUCCCCCUUGCACCGAAACGAGAUAUCCGGAGCUUUGAGCGGCUUGACCCGAGUCCGGCGGUUCCACCAAGAUGAUGGGCACAUCUUCUGCCGACCAAUACAAAUUGAGGAGGAAAUAAGAAAGACUCUGGACUUUGUUCGCAUUGUCUAUUCGACCUUCAAGCUGGGUCCGUACCGGUUAGCUUUGUCAACCCGACCGGCAGACCACUACAUCGGAACAGCGGAAGACUGGGAAGGUGCCGAGAAUGCCCUGAAGAGGGCGUUGGAUGCAUCCGGGCAAGACUGGGCAGUGAACGAAGGGGAUGGUGCUUUCUAUGGGCCCAAGAUCGAUAUCAUCCUCCGCGAUUCGGAUGGCAAAGAGCACCAAACAGCGACUAUACAGCUGGACUUCCAGCUGCCCAAACGCUUCGAGCUAGGCUACCAAGCACCAGCGCCCGAUUACGAGAGGCGAGGAGAGACCACGACAGACCCGGCGAAGCUAGCAACCUCUGGAACUGUGACACCCGUUCUGAUCCACAGAGCUGUCCUCGGCUCGGUCGAGCGGUUGAUGGCCCUCCUUAUUGAACACUACGACGGGAAAUGGCCGUUUUGGUUAAACCCGAAGCAGGUCAUCAUAAUGACGGUCAAUGAUAGCGAACCUGUCGUCGGGCUCGCCAAAUCAACUCAGGAUAUCCUCAUGGGCCGAGAUGGGUCCGUCGACAGUCCGGUCGUCAACCCCCCUCAACUCGCCGUAGAUAUCGAUGAUAGCCCGCGAAGUCUGGCGUUGAAAGUCCGUGAGGCGAGGUCGAAGGGCUACAGUGUCAUCGUCACCGUAGGUCCCCGGCAGGUACCUACUGGCACCAUUACAGUUGAUAUGCCAGGUCUAGAGAGCAGCAACACGUCGGCGCAGCCUCGACAGCGGGAGAUGGACCCAAAGGAUCUAGUUCAAUUGCUUAGAGAUAAAGCCAACAACUACCAUUGA